AUGCCUACUCUUGCUGUGACCAACUUUAACGUUGUAUGCGCUACCUUGGGUGGCUUCAUUACUUUGUUUGGCUUGGUAUCGUACCUGUUCAAGGAGAGAUUCUACCUAUCGGAAGCAUUAAUCUCGCUCCUGGCAGGCGUCACCUUUUCUCCCCAUGCUGCCAAUCUUAUAAGACCUAUAGACUAUGCUCUGGGCAAUCGAGAGGCCUUGGAUGAUAUCACUCUUUACUUCAGCCGUCUCGUCUUAGGCGUCCAGCUCGUCCUUGCUGGUGUUCAGCUCCCAAGUCGCUAUCUCCUGAAAGAAUGGAAAAGCCUCUCCCUUCUCCUUGGGCCGGGCAUGCUGGGCAUGUGGCUAUGUAGCAGCCUCGUCAUCUACGGCCUUGUGCCGAAGCUACCAUUCCUCCAUGCCCUCGCAAUCGCUGCAUGCAUCACCCCAACUGACCCAGUCUUGUCCAACUCUAUCGUCAAGGGUAAAUUCGCUGAUAAGAAUAUCCCACGUCCCCUACAGCGGAUCAUCAUAGCCGAGUCCGGCGCCAAUGAUGGGCUGGGAUACCCAUUUUUGUUCUUUGCUCUGUACCUCAUUCAGUAUACUGGGCCAGGGGGUACACGUAAGGCUAUGGGUUUGUGGUUUGGUGAGACUUGGGGGUAUACAAUCCUCCUGAGUGUAGUCUAUGGGGUUGCUGUGGGAUGGGUGGCUAAGGAGUUGUUGCAUUGGGCAGAGGAAAAUAAGUAUAUUGAUCGAGAGAGUUUCCUUGUGUUUGCCGUUGCAUUGGCCCUAUUCAUCAUCGGUACCUGCGGAAUGAUUGGAAGUGACGAUGUUCUUGCCUGCUUUAUCGCAGGAAACGUCUUCACCAUCGAUGAUUGGUUCCGUCUCGAGACACUAGAUGACUCUCUUCAACCAACCAUAGACAUGCUUCUAAACUUGUCAGUCUUUAUGUGGUUCGGUGCUGUCUGCCCCUGGCCCAUCUUUCUGAAGAACGACAUCAUCCCUAUCUACCGGCUGAUAGGUCUCGGGAUUUUAAUCCUCUUACUCCGCCGGCUACCUGUCGUCUUCGCUAUGCAUAAAUAUAUCCAUCAGAUCGAGGAAGCCCGCCAAGCUGCUUUCGUUGGAUUCUUCGGUCCAAUUGGUGUCAGCGCCAUAUUCUAUCUAUAUGUCACUCUGGAGUAUAUCAGGAUUAAUAUCACGGUCGAUGGAGAGGUGAGAGAGGAUGCCAAACGGCUAGCUGAUACGAUGUAUAUCGUCGUUUGGUUCUUGACUAUUUGUAGUAUUGUUGUUCACGGUCUAUCUAUUCCUGUCGGAAAGCUCGGUUUCAGUAUCCCGCGAACUCUCUCAAGCGCUCUCAGCACAAGCAUCGAUAUAGACUCAGAACGGGAUCCGCGUUCUGGUGACAGUACUCCAGGGCUUCAUCGGAUAUCAACUGUGGCCACUUCCACCCCUGCUUCACGCGCAUCCCGCUUCAUACCAGCUAGAUUCCGCAAACAGCCCAUAGCUAAAAGCGGUCGUCCGCGAGAUAUUCCACCAACGCCUGUGGCGUUCCGCAUUGGUCGCACUGUUAUUCCUGAACGUAGCGCGGAUAACAGCGACGUUGGUAUCAGUAACCCAAUACCAUCGUCUACUUCGACUAUCGCGUCUCCGCCCAUAGCUGGAUCUCAUGAGCAAGAUGAGGAAGUUGGGUUGUAUACUACUGGACAAGAUACAACCCAUUAUCCUCCGGGACAUAAUGAGCGACGACGUGUCCCAGAUGCUGAAAUGGGAAAUCGGUGGAAUGAGAGUAGGCCACUUAGCGGAAAAGGAUAUCGAGCUAGUGAGAUUGAAUAA